CUCUCUCUCUCUCUUAUAUGCUGGUGUUUUUAUAGGUCGGGGUAGGCAUGUACCCUAAGAGGCUCACCCUACGGCAUAAGAAAGAAGCAAAAUUUGUCUUGAAGAAUUAAUCUUUUUCUGCACUGCUUUGGGCAAAACGCUCAAUCCAGUGAUGGGAGAUGGUUGUGUGGUUCAGGGAAUGAGCAAUUCCAAUAAGGGUAAGGACAAGAAAAAGAAUAAGAAGAAGAACAAGGGUGGCAGCAAGAAGAAGAUGACCCACGAGCAGGUUAUGGCCUUCAAAUUUGUGAGUGAAUGGGUUUUCUUGGAUCAGCCUUCUUCUGCUUCUUCUUCUUGUGUUGUGGAUGAUUUUGGGGUGCAGAAAACUGUUGGGAGAGGAGGGGAGAAGCUACUCUUUGAAUUGCAUUCUCACUCCAAAUUCAGUGAUGGCUUCUUGUCCCCUUCCAAGGUUGUUGAGAAAGCUCACAUGAACGGCGUGAAAGUUCUUGCUCUGACAGAUCAUGACACUAUGUCUGGCAUCCCUGAGGCUGUAGAAUCAGCUCGUAAAUAUGGCAUCAAGAUAAUCCCAGGUGUAGAAAUUAGUGCAAUAUUUUCUCCAAGUGGAGACUCUGAAGCAGAGGAACCAGUUCACAUUUUAGCAUAUUAUAGCAGUAUUGGACCAUCAAGGUUUGAGGAGCUGGACAAGUUUUUAUCAAAUAUAAGGGAUGGACGUUUUCUUCGUGCAAAGAACAUUGUCUUGAAACUAAACAAGCUCAAAUUGCCACUUAAGUGGGAGCAUGUUUGCAGGAUUGCAGGAAAGGGGGUUGCCCCCGGGCGGCUUCACGUCGCCCGAGCUAUGGUUGAGGCAGGUUAUGUAGAAAAUCUAAGACAAGCCUUUGCCCGAUAUCUUUUUGAUGGUGGACCUGCUUACUCUACGGGAAGUGAGCCUCUGGCAGAGGAAGCAAUAAAAAUGAUUUGUCAUACUGGGGGUGUUGCUGUUCUGGCUCAUCCAUGGGCAUUAAAAAAUCCUGUUCCCAUUGUCAGAAGGUUAAAAGAAGCUGGCCUUCAUGGGAUGGAGGUCUACAAAAGUGAUGGAAGGCUUGCAGUAUAUAGUGACCUGGCGGAUGCAUAUGGGCUUUUGAAGAUUGGAGGAUCAGACUAUCAUGGUAGAGGAGGGCACAAUGAAUCUGAUCUGGGAAGUGUGAAUCUUCCAGUACUAGUGUUGCAUGAGUUCCUUAAGGUAGCUAGGCCUAUAUGGUGUGAUGCCAUCAGGGAAAUAUUAGUGUGUUAUGCUGAGGAGCCUUCUGAUUCUAACUUAGCAGGAAUUACAAGGUUUGGGAGAACCCGGGUUUUUAAGGGAGGUUCACCCUUGAGUUGUGGACAGGACUUGAUUGAUCACUGUUUACCUCUCUGGUUGACUAGCCAGGAGAUGGAAAAUCCAGAGUUUGAAAAUAUCAAGUUGAAACUUUCUAAUGCUUCCAUUAGUCAGGGAGGAAUUCAGGUUCUCAUUGAGACUAAAUAGUUGUUGUGUAUGCUAGCAAGCAGAUAUUUUAAUCAUUUCCAGUAUUCUUGUCAGCCAAUCUUAAUAUUAAAUUUUGAUUGUCAAGUUCAAUUGUCUAUUGAUUGUUUGAUAUUUUUCUAUGAUCA